AUGGCCGAGCCCCGAGGGACCGCGGGACCGGGGCCCAAGGCCUCCCUGGUCGCCACCGCGCUGAGCCCGCGGAGCGCCCCGCCGCCCCGCCCCUCGAGAGCGGACACCGACAGCCUGGGCAGGUACCGGGGCCACGCCGCCGUCGCCUCCCGGGACCCCCUCCUCCACGGCUCGCUGAUGCUCUCGGCGGCGGCGGGCUCGGGCCGCCGGCGGGGAGCGCUGCGGGAGCUGCUGGGGCUGCAGGGGGCGGCCCCCGCCGGCCGGCUGUCGGAGGAGCGCGCCGAGGAGCAGUCCCCCGCCGGGGCGAGCGCGCCGAACGCGGCGAAUGGGCCAAACGGGCCGGGCGGCGGCGGGCUGGGCCUGGAGCCCCACGAGCACGCGUGGAUACUGGCGGCCGCCGAGGGCCGCCUUGAGGUGCUGUGGGAGCAGCUGGAAGCCGAGCCCGGGCUGCUGCUGCGGGGCGACCCGGUCACGGGCUACACGGUGCUGCACUGGCUGGCCAAGCACGGGUGCCACGAGGAGCUCAUCCUGGUGCAUGACUUCGCCCAGCGCCGGGGCUUGAAGCUCGACGUGAGCGUCUCGGGCAGCGGCGGCCUCACGCCCCUCCACCUGGCGGCCCUGCAGGGCCACGACAUGGUCAUCAAGGUGCUGGUGGGCGCCCUGGGGGCUGACCCCACGCGCCGCGACUACAGCGGCCACCGGGCCUGCCACUACCUGCGGCCCAACGCGCCGCAGAGCCUGCGGGAGCUGUCGGGGGCCGAGGAGUGGGAGACGGCGGGCCGCAGCGAGCGGAACAAUGCCAACAACAACAGCAGCGGCGCCGCCCCGUGGACGCCGCGACGGUCCCCGAGCUCAGUGGGCACGAACUCCGCGGAGACACAGGCGAGAGCAGCGGCGGCGACCGGCAAGGAGAAGAACUACACGGGCAGCCGGAUGGCGCAGAUUCAGGGCCUCCUCCGCCAAGUGUUCCCCUUCUUCCAGGACCGUUGAGGGCCACAGACACUGGAGAGCGCGGAGGGACGGCGACGCUGCGUCGAGGCCCCUGUCUCGGGUUGUCUUGGGCCGCACCCGAAGGGGUGGCAGCUCUGGCCGCAGCCGAGUGCGCCGGGCCGGCGAGCAGCGAACCACCUACAGGUUUGUCGCAGAUGCCUGUCCCGGGUCUCCCGCGGUCAUGGGUCAGGAGACCCGGGGACCAGGACGCGCCCUAAUCGAGACGGAGAGCGCAAAGGCCAAUCUGUCCUGGCGCCGAGGCCCAAGACUGGGGGACUAAGGAGUUAGGGGCAGGAGUGUGGUCCUGCUUGGGAGAGGAAGUCAGGCUUCCAGGAGCCGUUUCUGGGCAGGCAAAAGCUCAGGGUAUUGGGAAGCACUUGCUAGAAGAAGGAGUUAAGACUGUAAACCACGGAUACAGAGGAAGCGCCCAACUGAAGGCUGGACUCUGCUAUUCCUGCGGGCGAGUCGUCCUUCCCCCCCAGCCUGCUCCGAGACAUCCAGGCUCUACCGGUACUUGUUCUAAUGUAGCGCGGAUGACUUCUUAAGCAUAUUAAAGCGGGGUAUGUUUUCCUUUCACAUGA